GCUGCGCGUGCAAAGGAGAGUUUAUUUCCCCUACUUUUUUGAACUGUCAUCGCAGCAUUUGCGUGUUUGUGUUUCAAAUAAUAGCAAAUUCCCGUGAAAUAAGAUGUUCCUGACCAGAUCCGAGUACGACAGAGGUGUGAACACUUUCUCGCCGGAGGGGCGCCUCUACCAGGUGGAGUAUGCCAUUGAGGCCAUAAAGCUGGGCUCCACGGCCAUCGGGAUUUGCACGAAGGAAGGCGUCGUGAUUGCCGUGGAGAAGCGCAUCACGUCCAGCCUGAUGGAGCCCACGACGGUGGAGAAGAUUGUGGAGGUGGACAAGCACGUGGGCUGCGCCACGUCAGGGCUGAUGGCGGACUCGCGGACGCUGCUGGACCGCGCCAGAGUCGAGUGUCAGAAUCACUGGUUCGUGUACAAUGAGCGCAUGCCGGUGGAGUCGUGCGUGCAGGCUGUGUCCAAUCUGGCCAUCCAGUUUGGUGACAGCGACGCCGGCGGUCUGGCCAUGAGCCGGCCGUUCGGCGUGGCGCUGCUCUUCGCCGGAAUCGAGAACGGAGAGCCGCAGCUGUGGCACAUGGAUCCCUCCGGGACGUACAUCCAGUUCGACGCGAAGGCCAUCGGGUCGGGCAGCGAGGGAGCGCAGCAGAACCUGGAAAGCAACUACACUUCGCUGAUGUCCCUGAACGAGGCCGUGAAUUUGGCGCUGAUCACACUGAAGCAGGUCAUGGAGGAGAAGCUGAACUCCACGAACGUCGAGGUGAUGACCAUCACGCCCAAGGACCUCUUCCAGAUGUGCAAGAAGGAGACGGUCGAGGCGGCCAUCGAGGCGAUUAAGUAAACUCUAUAUUAUCUCUAAUCACUUUAUACUGCGAAAUACAUAAAUCCGUGCUGAGACAACUUGACGGCGAUUCCCAUCUAA